GCGUGCCCUGGAGCCCCGCCUCUCACGUUGGGCCACGCCCCCACAGGCCACGCCCCCGACGGCCGAUUCCCACCCCUCUAUCCGCCAGACCCCAUACACUAAUGAUCUUGCAGCAGCCCCUGGAACGAGGCCCCCCGGGUCGGGCCCUGCGCGACCCGCGGGCUGCCUCAUGGGCAGCUCGGGGCCUGGACGCCAGCUCCCCUCUGCGAGGAGCUGUGCCCAUGAGCACCAAACGGCGCCUGGAGGAGGAGCAGGAGCCCUUGCGCAAGCAGUUCCUGUCCGAGGAGAACAUGACCACCCACUUCUCUCGACUCAGCCUACAUAAUGACCACCCCUACUGCAGCCCCCCCAUGGCUUUCCCUCCAGCCCUGCCCCCACUCAGGAGCCCUGGAUCUGAGCUGCUGCUCUGGCGCUACCCUGGAAGCCUGAUCCCUGAGGCCCUCCGGCUGCUGAGGCUGGGGGAUAUCCCCAACCCCCACUAUCCUGCAACCCCAGCUGGAGAUUCAGUGGAGCUCUGAGUGGUGAUGGGCAGUGCCCCUCUCCACCUUCAUCCCCACUACAGAAGAGAGCAGCAAUCCCCACGAAGGCACUCGGUUGUCUCCUGAACCAGUAUGGGAACCAGGACCCUCCCCCAAAAGAGGACACUGAGCUCAGUGGAGCCCUGGAGAGGAAGGGGCAGAUGCAUGGUAUCCCCCCGAAGUUAAUAAAGAUUGCUGAGCAGUUGAACGCUUCAGUCUUGAACCCCAGG